AUGCUUGAAUCAUCCAAUACAUCCGUCGAUGCCGUUUUCAAGGGCUAUGCCCAGCAGGGCUUCCUUCCUGAAGGGUUACCCCUGGAAAGACUCCCGAGCCCCUACUACAAGCCAUGGGAAGACAUCGCCGGCCAACUCCCAGCUCUCAUCCAAACAGGCCAGGUUCGAGACAUGAUCGAGAGCCUACCGGUUUGUUCGGUUGAACAUCUCGAAACAGAGCAAGAAUGGCGUCGAGCAUAUGUUAUCAUGGGAUAUCUGAGCCAUGCCUAUAUCUGGGGAGGAGACAAGCCCAAAGAAGUAAGCAUCCAGCCAUUCACCUCACCUCAACCCUCCAUACGGUCACGGGGCAGCAGAACCCUAACAAAACAAAACAAUCAGAUCCUGCCUCCCUGCAUUUCAACCCCAUUCCUUGAAAUCUCCUCUCACCUCGAAGUCCCCGCCUGCGCAACAUACUCAGGCCUGACCCUGUGGAACUUCAAAGCCCCAUCCCCAGGCACAGACAUCGCAGACCCGGACAACCUGGCUGUGCAGACCUCCUGGACAGGCACAAAAGACGAAGAAUGGUUCAUGCUUAUCUCUGUCGCUGUCGAGGCCAAGGGUAUCAGGUUGAUCUCGCAGAUGCACGAAGCCAUCAAGGCUGUCAUUGCCAACGACGCUGAUCUCCUUACGUCCCUGCUAUACGGGUUCGCAGAUGGUCUGAGCGAUCUCACGUUAACCCUCAAGAGAAUGUAUGAACAUAACCGACCUGCGGUCUUUUUCCAUGAGCUGCGACCUUUCCUUGCUGGAAGCAAGAAUAUGGGUCCGGCUGGCUUGCCCAGGGGUGUUUACUAUGAUGUCGGCGAUGGCGUUGAGAGACCGGAGAAUUGGAAGCAGCUGAGUGGUGGAAGCAAUGCUCAGAGUUCGUUGAUCCAGGCACUUGAUAUCUUCUUGGGCAUUAAGCAUUCUGAUUCGGCUUCUGGGGAGAACUUCAUUGAGGAAAUGCGCAAAUACAUGCCUGGUCCUCACAGACGGUUCCUUCAAAGCCUCGCUGAGAUCUCGAAUGUGCGUGCCUAUAUUCAAGCCUCUGCGGACAAAUCAACCGAGAAAGAAGCCUACAAUGCUGCUGUCAAUGAGCUCAAGGCCUUCCGGGAUACUCAUAUCCAGAUGGUCACUCGGUACAUUGUCAUGGCGGCGAAACAGCCGAGUCCUUUGAAACAGCAUACUGGCAGGGUUAACUUGGCCACAGCGAGUCAAGCUACCGAGAAGGAGCACCAUCUCGCUGGAACUGGCGGUACGGAUUUGAUACCAUUCCUCAAACGUACUAGAGAUACUGUCCAAGAUGCGAAGUGUUAG